CACUCAACAUCGAGAAGGGCGCGACGCCGGCACCCACCCCCUCCCCCACCCCCCCCACCCCAGACAUCCUCCAACACCCCGAAGGACACAACCAAGAGCUACCAGGACUUGAGAGUCAUCGGGACCAGCGCCGGCGGCUCGGCACCUUCUUCGCCCUCGUCUUCCUCGUCCUCCUCCUCCGGUUCCUCGACGACGGCGUCCCCGAAGGAGGCGUCCAGCGAAGGAAGUCUGAGUCUGACGGUGAUUCCUAUCGUGCUGGUGGUCGGGGUGUCGCCGCUCCUGCUGGCUGCCUUUUGGUACUGGAGGAGGCUCAAGAAGAGGAAGGCCAGAGCGGAGUCCAAGGAAAGCGCGGUGGUGUACACAGAGAAAGGCAUCGAAGCAGGAGCCACAGAGAACGCAGAAGAGACGAACGAAGAGAGAGAAAGAGCAGGAAGCAGGUUUAGUAUCGGAGUUGCUGCUCUCUGGCGACGAAGGGCAGAGAGUAACAAAUACGAAGAUGGAGUGAAAGGAGAACAAAAAGGGAAGAGAAAAGUGAGUCAAAUAUCCUCAGCCAACUCGGACAUCUGGGAAUUUCCUCGACACCGACUAAAAGUUAUGGGUAUCCUUGGGGAAGGAUGCUUUGGCCAGGUGUGGAAAUGCGAAGCGGUCGACCUGCAGGAGAAGGGCACAAUGCUCGUGGCGGUGAAGACCCUGAAGGAGUCGGCAGGAGACAGGGAGCGCCAGGACCUCGUGCAGGAACUGAAGGUGUUGAAGAGCCUAGGAAGUCACCUGAACGUCGUGUCUCUCCUUGGCUGCUGCACCGAGAAAGACCCGAUUUUCGUCAUCCUCGAGUACAUGGUCGGAGGCAAACUCCAGAGCUACCUCAGGGCUUCGCGAGCGGACACGCCCUACGACAACCUCCACGGCUCCUCCUCCUCCUUGACCCCGCGUGACCUCAUCCACUUCGCCUACCAGAUCAGCAGAGGCAUGGAGUUCCUCGCCAGGAAUGGGGUGAUCCACAGAGACUUGGCUGCUCGCAACAUCUUGGUGGGAGAAGACAAGAUCUGCAAAGUGGCAGAUUUUGGAUUUGCGAGAGAUGUUGCGAAUAAUCGGAUUUACGAGAGGAAGAGUGACGGUCGCCUCCCCAUCAGAUGGAUGGCUCCUGAGUCUCUCUUCGACAACAUAUUCACUACGAAGUCUGACGUCUGGAGUUUCGGUGUCUUGCUGUGGGAGAUCGUCACUCUUGGUUCCACCCCCUACCCUGGCAUGGGAGCUGCCGAGGUCAUGAGGAAGGUCAAGGGAGGUUACCGCCUGGAGAAACCCGAGCAUUGUCGCAGAGAGAUCUACAACAUCAUGUACUACUGCUGGGACAAGGACUCCAAGGAGCGCCCUUCCUUCACGGAGCUCGUGCACACUCUGGAGGGUCUUCUCCUGUCCGAGGUCGAGUACAUAGAGCUCGACCGCUUCCCCGACCACUCGUACUACAACUUCGCUUCAGAGAACACGAGCGAACUGCUGUAAGGUCCGGUUGUUUAGGCGUGAAACAAUGAGAAAAAAACAACGAAAAUGUGUAAAAAAAUAUUAGAGGUGUUGUCGCUUUUGAGGAUGUGGUUGUUAUGUAAGAAAAAAAUAAAGAGGUGUCGGUUAUAAGAAUGUGGUUGUUAUAGAAGAAAAAUAAUCCAGAGAGCUGUUGUUUUCAUAAGUAUGUGGUUGUUAUAAAAACGGAAAGCUGUUGUUAUUAUGAGAAUAUGGUUGUUGUUACGACGUGGUAGUUGUAGAUAUUCAGUUGAUUUUAAUGUGUAUCUGUGGCUGCCUCCAACUUUGCAGCUAAGUGGAUCAUAACACAAGUUUUUUUUUGUGGUUCUGGACACGUGGACAAUCUCUCUGCCAGUUUUCUUAUUUAUUAUAAUGUAUUCUUCUGACGUCAUUCGGGAUACUGUUUUCUCUUUCUGUUAUAUUCAGGAAGUGAUUUUGGCUGAGAACUUUUAAAGAUAAAACGUAAACAUCCCC